AUGAGCUCGGCACACAGUCGUCUCGCCAAAGCUUUGUCAACCGGCGGUUUUGACGGCAAGGAGCCCGAGAGCAGCGGUCGCAAGAAGGACAAGAAGAAGCGCAAGAGAAGCUCGUCUUCGUCGGGGGGCCACACAUCCCAAGACGAGGAUUACAACGACCUCAUGAGCAUCUUUGCUCUGCCGCCCAAAGAGUUCAACCGAGGUGCACGACAGGGUCGUUUGGACGACUUGACAUGCAAGCAAAUUGCUGUGUCUUUGUCGAAUGUCGCACCUUGUGUGAUUGCAUCGGAUUUGCUUGCCAUUGGUGGCGAGUACGAGGCCAUGAUGAACGAGAACUGUCGCCGACUCCGCAAGUCCAAGGACGAGAAGGGGAAGACUGAUUCAGUUUUUGAGCAGGUGACCGCGGCUACUGGGUGCUGGAGGGCACGAUUGGGCGAGGUUGCACAGCUCCUUAUCGGCAAGAACCUCACGGAUGUGACGAUCUCCAAUGCCAAAAAUUUGGCUGAUGUGACUUCCCUGCUCAAAAGCCUCUUCAAGUCCCACAAGAGGACCCGAACAAGUGCCAGGUUUGAGGUGGAGUCCAUGCUGGCCAGAGUGGGGCGUCUGCUUGAGGAGCACGAGGAGAAGAAGGACAGGAGUCGCGAGACUCACCUGGACCAGCGGCAAGCGGAUCUGAACGACCGGGAAGCAGACUUGGACGCCCGCGAGAAGGAGCUGCGAAAGCUGGAGAGGGAGCUGCUGGCCCAGCAGACAAGCCGGCCAUACAGGGCCUUGUGCUCUACGUGUGGGCUGCACCCUUGCUCCAGGGACCACUCCUGCGAUGCACACAAGGACGGGCACCACAAUUGUUAUUGGUGCCACAAAGAAUGGAAGCAGACAGGCUUCAAGUCCGGUGGCAAGGCCCGUGGAGCAGCUGCAGAGAGGGGUGGCAAGGCAUCGUAG